CGGAAAAAUAUCGGGCUAUUCUCUUUAGUGUUUGCCCUGUCUACACUCACCCUCUCUACCUCUUCCCCGUUUUUUCAUACUAAACCAGUCCAGAACCCCUUAAAAUAAGACGAAACCGAACUGACACUACGCUAUAACAUCGUAACUCAUGGAGUAAAUCACAACUGGGGAGAAAUAAACUGAGGUAGAGCUUUGCAGUCUUCCUUCUUUCUACAAACCCACUCAUCUCGUUCUCUCUCUUUCACAUACAACCCUUCUUUAAUAAAGUUCUCUUCCUACCUGACUGCAAAGUCUAUACCUGGUCAUUCAAUCAACCCAUCUUCCUACCAGCCAAUCAGAAUGUCACAGCUUCAGUUCCAGACGCCCGUCAACACUGCACCUAGUGCCGCCCCUUUACAGCUGGCCCCGCCCCAACCUGGGUUCAGCAUUCCCUGUUCCACUGCUCCCUUACCCUCAGAGAGUGCCAGUCACCCGUUGCGAAACUCCGCCCUGCCUUCUGCAUCCGCCACGCCCUUCUGCAACCCCACAGUAUCUAACAUGGCAAACCCUAAAGAGAAGACCCCAAUGUGCUUGAUAAACGAGUUAGCCCGUUACAAUAAGAUCCAACCUGAAUACAAGCUACUCAGUGAACAAGGACCAGCCCACUCCAAGAUUUUCUCAGUGCGGUUAUCUCUGGGGGAUCAGCACUGGGAUGCAGAGGGGACCAGUAUCAAAAAAGCCCAGCACUCAGCAGCAUCAUGUGCCCUUGCCGAAACUACUCUCCCCAAACCCAGUCACAGAAGCCCCCGCCACCCUGGCAAGAACCCAGAUGGGAUCUACAAGGGCUCAGAUUAUAACAUAACCCACACUGUGGAGCUUAAUGCACUUUGUAUGAAGUUGGGCAAGAAGCCCAUCUAUAAGCCUAUAGAUGCCUACCAUGGGAUGAGACCAGCAUUCAACUACAACAUCAGAGCACCUGGCCCUUAUGCACGCUCCAUGCAGCAUUAUUACUACCCAUUUCCUCCUGUGGGACCAGUACUGUAUCAUAUGGAGCUGUCUAUCGGUGGACAACAGUUCCAUGGCAAGGGCCGCACGCGUCAAGCAGCCAAACAUGAUGCUGCGGCCAAAGCUAUCAAAUACCUGCAGAAAGAGCCAAUAAUGCAGCAACUGUCUGAGAUGAAAGAAGAGCCAAUACAAGAAAACCUUAACAAAUCUGAGAUCAGCCAAGUGUUUGAGAUUGCACUGAAGCGCAACUUGCCUGUGAAUUUCGAGGUGCUAAAAGAGGCUGGUCCUCCUCACAUGAAGAGCUUCAUGGUGAGGGUUACUGUGGGCGAGUAUUCAGGGGAGGGGGAUGGCAAAAGCAAGAAGAUCGCCAAGAAGCUAGCUGCCAUGGCUGUGCUGGAGGAGCUUCGUGGACUGCCUCAACUGCCUGUCACAGACAAAAUACCACUACGCAUUAAAAAGAAAAGCAAGUCCAUUAUUAAGCUGCAGACCAGUCCAGAGUAUGGUCAGGGCAUGAACCCCAUCAGCAGACUGGCUCAAAUCCAGCAGGCUAAGAAAGAAAAAGAGCCAGAGUACGCGUUGGUGACGGAGAGAGGUCUGCCUCGACGCCGGGAGUUUGUCAUGCAGGUGUCAAUUGCAGGUCAGAAUGCAGAGGGAAUGGGUCCUAGUAAAAAAGUGGCCAAACGAAAUGCAGCCGAGAAGAUGCUGGAGCUUCUGGGCUUCAAAGUGCCUCAGCCACAACCACACAAACCGGCAUUGAAAACAGAUGAGAAAGCACCUGCUAAGAAACCUGGAGAUGGACGAAAAGUGACCUUCUUUGAACCGGGAUCUGUGGACAAGGCUGGUCUUGCAGUCAACAAAGAGGAAGAUUUCCGAUUUCCUUAUCUCAGCCAUCAGCAGCUUCCUGCUGGCAUUUUACCCAUGGUGCCUGAGGUGGCACAGGCGGUGGGUGCCAACCAGGGACCCCAUGCAAAAGACUACGGUCGUACAGCUGCCCCCAACCCAGCCAUGGCCACAGUAACGGCCAUGAUUGCCAAUGAGCUGCUGUACGCUGGCACGUCCCCGACCGCGGAAGGUAUACUAAAGACCAAAAACAGUUUGACACACAGACCCCAUGGACCCCUUACCAGACCAUCCGAACAGCUCAGCUACCUGGCCACUGUACAGGGAUUACAGGUUGAAUAUAAAGACUUUCCCAAAAAUAACAAGAAUGAGUUUGUGUCUCUGAUCAACUGCUCCUCUCAGCCUCCUCUCAUCAGCCACGGCAUUGGCAAGGAUGUGGAGUCCUGCCAUGACAUGGCUGCUUUGAACAUCCUGAAGCUCCUGUCAGAACUCGACCAGCAGUCCAAUGAGCGCACAGCUAAUGGACCAAUGUCAGGGUGCAACAAACAGGACCUAGAGGGCAGUGCAUUAUUAAAACCGGCUAACUCAAGCACCAUCGGAAAGACUCUGGAUGGCACAGUGUAGAAUUGACUAUUUGAUUGGUUGUUUUAUUUGCGAAACACUAGAGUCAGAACCAGAAGUCAGAACCAGAGUUUUGAUUGGCUGUUCAAAAAGGCCUUUGAGUAAUUCUGAAUUUAUCUUGGAUUUAAAUUAAUUUAAAGUAUUCAAAACUUGCAGAUGAACAAGAUUGAGAGAUGUUGAUGUUUAAUGUGCACAUGCGGUGAUACAUUUUUAAACGCUAAGGCUUUGGAGAAGUCGCCUCAUCAUAUCCAGUGAAGUGGUGGUUUUGUUUUUGUUGUUAAAUUGUACAAUGGUUAUUGUGAAGUUUGACCAUUAGAUUGGCUUUUCUUCAUUGUUCCAAGGAAGUCAUGUAUUCAGUGUCAUAAUUGUAUUUUAUUUCCUCGCUUUUUUUUUCUUUUUUUCUUUUUUAACGUUGUAUUAUAGGAACCCAUCGAGUUGGGUUGUAUUAGCGCUGUUGUGAAGUGCAGUCUAAAACCCCGUUGAAGGAUAUGAUGAAGCUUUCAAACACGUCUCUGCUGUGGCGGUUUUUCUUCAGUGCUUUUUGAGUUACAAUGAAGACCAUAACACUCAAAAAAGAAUUCAUCUACAUUUUUAUGUAGGUCUGGGAAAAUGUUAUUGUGACAUCAGUGUAGAGCGUGUGGUGGUGUUUUUUGUUUUGUGUGUGUGUGUGUGUGUGUGAAUGAGUGAAUGUAUGUAUGUAUAAAGCACGAUAUUGUUCAGUCAUGUCAGUUAAACUGAUGCAUUCUCCUAUCAGUGUUGACCCCACCCACUCUCUGCCAGUUGCAUCCUGUUUUCCUCAUGGAAUAUGAGUAAAAAUGAUGUGCCUCUUGCACAAAAAA